AUGAGUACGUCGAAAAAAUCGUCCCUGCGUAAAAACACGCUUCAUCUGAAAGCUUUACACCGAAAGCGUGAAAACAUCCUCGGUUCGGCUCUGUUAAUCCAGCGUUUCGAUGAACAAUACGAUAUUAGCCAAGCCAAUCAGGUCGCGAUCAGAAUCGAGCGUUUAGAUGGGCUGUGGGAUAAGUUUGAGGAUACCGAGGAUAAAAUUGAAGCCAUUGAAGAUCAGGAAGAGGGUUUCUCGGAGGCUAGGCAAGAAUUUCAAAACCUUUAUUUUGAUCUAAAAGCGUCGUUGGUUAGCAAACUCCCCGGCGCGGCAACUGCCAGCUCACCUUCCCCUGGUCCAAGUUCCUCACACCAACAUGUGCCUCCUGUUAGCCAAGCCAUGUCGGUAAAGCUUCCCGAAAUCAAAAUACCCGAUUUCGGAGGCAAAUUGGAUGAAUGGAUCGAAUUUCGCGAUCUUUUCAAAUCGUUAGUGCACGCCAAUCCCCAAAUUUCCGCGGUUCAGAAGCUGCAUUACCUUCGCAGCGCCAUGAAGGGCGAGGCGUCGCGGUUGAUCUCGUCAUUUGCUAUCACUUCCGAUAAUUACCUCCUCGCGUGGAAUACGAUCUGCGAUCGGUAUGAAAAUAAGAACUUUCUCGUCAAGCAACACAUGUCCGCGAUUUUGAAGAUUUCCCAUGUCAAAAAGGAAUCAUCCUCUGCCCUGGCAGAGCUGGCCGACGAAUUCAAUCGGCAUGUAGGCAUUCUUGAUAAGCUUGAAGCCAGUGCUGAUCAUUGGAACUCGUUCUUAGUAGAGCGCCUUAGCAGCCUCUUGGACGAGAAAUCGUCGAUGGACUGGGAAGCCCAGUGUGACGAUAAUGCUGCUCCGCAGUACAAAGAUUUGUUGAGCUUUAUUCUGAAACGGUCACGCACACUACAGAUGUGCAAACCAUCCCAGAGUGCUCAUCCCACGAACGUACAGAAACCCACUCGAUCAAAACUAUCAUCCCAUGUCGCGUCCGAAAACGUUAUCAAAUGCCCCUGCUGCAAACAGGCUCAUGCUAUCUCUCAGUGUGAGUCUUUCCUGAAGCUAACUCCCAACAAUCGAUUGGAUUUCGUCAAAAAGAAUCAGCUUUGUAUCAACUGCCUUCGAGGCGGACACUUAGCCAAAGACUGCCGUAGCAGCCUAUGCAGAACAUGUGCAAAGAGACACCAUAGUUUGCUUCAUCUUCCCCCGAUUGCACCAGGGUCUGCUACAGUUGCGGUGGACCAAAGCUCAACGACCACGAGCUGCACAGCGGUUUGUUCAGGCGAAACAAUCGUCACUCAGACAAAACCCUCGUUCUCGGUAUCGGUAGCACCAUCGGUGGUGCUUUCGCGUACUUCACCACAGGCAAAGCCGUCGUCGGUUAGUGUAUCGUCGCCGCAAUCGCUCGCCGUUAAUAGCCCCUCUCUCUCGUCGUCGGUAUACUCGAAUCGUCAGUCCGAAGCAAAUGAACCACUUCCCCGUUGCCCCUCUGAUAACAUGAUAUCGUCUACUCCAACAAUGAAACCUCGAGAUGCUACAGUGUUCCUAUCUACAGCAUUGGUACGAGUACAGGACGCUGAUGGCAUUGGUCAUUUUGCGAGAGCAUUACUCGAUAGCGGAUCUCAAUCCAACUUCGUGUCGGAGUUUCUUUGUCAAAGACUAGGACUCAAACGUAACCGUAUAAAUCUACCUGUGAGCGGCAUUGGUCAAGCAACGGAUUUGAACUCCCAGUUGGAGAAAAUGUGGGAAGUCGAAAAUCUCGACGUUGGUAAGGCACUCACACAGGUAGAACAGGAUGUCGAAAACCACUUUCUCCAAACAAUAUCACGUGACACCACCGGUCGUUUCGUCGUACGCCUCCCCUUUCGUGAGUCCAUGGACUCGUUGUUGGAUGACUCCUACGAUCAAGCGUUGCGGCGCUUCCUUGCAAUGGAAAAGAGGUUCACUCGAGACCCAACCCUGCGUGAGGAGUACGUGAGGUUCAUGGACGACUAUGAACGAUUAGGGCAUAUGGAAGUAGGUUCUCGUGUCGCGGGCCCGCAGUAUUUUCUCCCCCAUCAUGCUGUCCACCGUCCCGAUAGCAGUACGACGAAGACACGAAUCGUGUUCGAUGCCAGCAGCAAGGGAUCUGGUGCUCUUUCCCUUAACGACGUCCUUCAUACAGGUCCUACUGUCCAACCACCGUUACUAAACCACAUCGUAAAUUUCCGGCUACCGCAGUACGUCUUCACCGCGGAUGCGGAAAAAAUGUUCCGCCAAAUAUGGAUCCAUCCCGAUGACCGUCGUUAUUUGAAAAUCAUCUGGCGUCGAGAUCCGUCUUUGCCACUGCAGGUUUAUCAGCUAAACACUGUGACUUAUGGGCUCGCCUGCUCACCGUAUCAUGCAGCACGCGUACUCACUAAGCUGACCGAGGAAGAUGGGCAGAAAUAUCCUCUUGGUGCGCAAGUUGUCAUUAAACGCGUCUAUGUCGACGACGCGUUAGCUGGAAGUGACAAUUUGGAAGAAGCCAGCGAAACAUGCCGCCAGCUGAUGGAGUUGCUGCGUCUCGGAGGGGUUUCUUUACGGAAGUGGAGCAGCAACAACCCAGCAGUUCUGAAACACAUUCCGACAGAAUUCCAAACACCGAUUGAGCUGGUUGAUAGCUCGGUCAUUGCAUCUGCGCACAGCACACGCAGGCCCGUCUCUACUACUUUCAACGAUGCGCCAACGCUAUUGGCCAAUACAAGGAAGGCAAUUAGUUCGUCGAAUCGUGCGCAAUUGUGUGACCUGUUUUCGCUGUUCACCGCCGAACAUCAACCAACAAAUGGCACCCCUACCUUCCGUGCGGGUAACACCUGCCCGCGUGUUCUCCAAGUCGGGGCUAGAUUACUGCGGGCCAUUCAGUGUCCGUCCGUUAUACGGGAGGGGGGCUAG